ACAAAAUUGAUUUGUCUCUCACGUGCGAAAUCUAUGAUGGCGUCCAUUUUGUCUGCUAGAACGUAUGUGAAGUUUUGUCAGGAAACUACGCUACAUGGUCUGAAGCAUACUGUUUCCGAGCAAUUUCACUGGGUAGAGAGGCUGCUGUGGUUCAUCUUGACUUGUGCAGCGUUUCUCGGCGCGGUGUACUGCGCACUUCGGCAGCUGUCGCGAUAUAACUCUGAACCGGUGGUGGUGUCCCUGCGACGUGAUUAUCGCAGCUGGUGGACAGCGUUUCCAGCUGUAACGGCGUGCUUUCUGGAUCGAGUGCAGCGGGCGAAGGCCCAGGAUACUAUCCAGAUGUUGUGGAAUGUGACGAAAGAGUCAGACCCGGACCGUUACCAGUACUACCUGGGCUUCAUCGAGCUGGUCACCGACGUGUCCUUCCGCACUAACUUACAGAACUUCUGGAAAUAUCAGACGGACGACUCUGUGAAGGGAGUGGAUUUGCUUCAAUUAGCUUUGGACGUACAUCCCACCUUCCCUCUCAAGGUGAUGGUCUCCAAGCAGGAUAAAGAAGUCCAAUGGGUCCCCGUGAUGACCGAAAUGGGUAUGUGCAUGACCUUCAACUCGGAAUACGCGGUAUACCAGUUCCUCCUCCCCAACGUGGACUGGUCCGUAGACCAGCUGCUCAAGUGUCACUACUUGAGCGGGCAGUGCUUCGUGAGGGUGGACUCUAUGAACAACGCUAUCAAGUAUUUUGUCCAUUCACCAUUUGAUAUACCCAACGCUCUGUCGAACCCUACUGGAGAAGUUAUGCCGGGUGAAGAAUUGGUCAUGGAUUUCAAGGCCGUGGAAAUCCAAGCAGCACCAGGAGUGAAGAAUCUCCGUCUGGAGCAGCGUCGUUGUCGGUACCCGGACGAGUGGAUCAGCGACUCCAUCCGGGCCUACAGCUUCGGGCUUUGCCAGAUGCACUGCAGAAGCCGCAUGGCCAUCAUGUUCUGCGGAUGUCGACCGUUUUUCCAUAUUAAAGGAGUUUUGCCGUUUGGAUUGGACGUUGGACUGUUGGGCGUAGGUGCGUAUUAUUGUACAAGAUUAAAGAAGCCAGAUCCAGUGAAUGUUAUGAGUAUAUUUGGUCCAGAGCUUGGGUCUAAAGAGGCUGAAGCUAAUCCCGAUCAGGUUGUGCAGUGCAUAGCUCAUAGAGGGGCAGGUUUGGACGCGCCAGAGAACACUUUGGAGGCAUUUAAAUAUUGUGUAGAACGAGAAUGCAACUUUGUGGAACUGGACGUACGGACCUUGAAAGACGGGCAGCUGGUGCUGCUGCACGACCAGGGGCUGCAGCGGCUCUCAGAGUCCAGCAUCACAGACGUGACCGGGCUCAGUUGGGACGAUAUUAAGGAUAUUGAUAUUGGUGUCACACAUCCUAACCGGCAACGCUAUAAAGAAGUGAAGCUGUGCUUGCUGGACGCGGCGCUGGACUACUUGCUGGAGAAGCGCGUCCGCUGCAUCAUCGACGUUAAAGGCGACAACAAGGAGGUCGUAAACGGCAUCGUGAAGACGUUCGAGACUCGGCCCGCGCUCUACAAGUCCGCGGCCGUCACUUGCUUCAACCCUGCUACCCUCUAUCAGAUAAGGAAAAGGGAUCCGAAGAUAGUGGGAGCCAUCAGCUACCGGCCGUACUGCUUUAGUGCACAGGAUUUUGACGCGGAGCACGGCCCGACUAAUCCCAGAUUCGGCGACAACCUCCCCGUGCACGUGAUGCUCCGCUUCCUGGACCUGCUGCACUCGCUGCUGUGGCGCUGGAGCGCGCGCUGGUGCGGCGUCAGCGCAGUGCUGCUGCAUAAGGAUACAGUCAGCCAAUGCGAGGUCCGCUACUGGCGUACGCUCGGCGUACGACUGGCAGGCUGGAGCGUCAACCGGCCAGUAGAGAAGCUAUACUGGCGAUGCGUGCUUCGCGCGCCUUAUCUCGCCAACACGCUCGCUGGCGAGCGGGAAAGAGAGAGAGAACCACAGGUAACCCUUGCUGACUAG